AGUAACGCAAUAGCCCAUAAGCUGAAGAAGUAUAAUUUCCGUCUAAACAGAGUCAGCUAUUGGUUGAAACCUCUGGAGGCUUUUUGUAACACUUUUGUAACACACCAAAAUGUUUUGUAACUGUUCGGCGUGUUGUUGUGACCUGUAGUGUGCUGUUUCAGAUACGUCAGCAAACAAAGCCGUCCCUAGUAGCUUUUCCCCGGGACAAACCGCAGGAUGUCCCCGGUGCCCAAAGUGAGACUGUCCGGAGGUCUGGAGAUCUGCCGGGUGCUGAACGGGAUGUGGCAGGUGUCCGGGGCGCACGGAGCCGUGGAUAAUGCCAAAGCAGUUGAGGCCAUGGAGGCCUACGUAGACGCUGGUCUGACCACAUUUGACAUGGCAGACAUUUAUGGGCCUGCAGAGGAAAUAUUUGGACAGUUUAACAGCCAGAGGUGCAACUCUGGAAAUGACACGCCAGCUCUGCAGAGUCUGACCAAAUAUGUGCCUCGACCGGGACCAAUGGACCGCAAGGUGGUGCUGAAGGCGCUGCAGCGCUCCAUGGCCCGUAUGCAUGUGGACAGCCUGGACUGCGUUCAGUUCCACUGGUGGGACUAUAGAGACAAAAGAUACCUGGACGCACUGGGACACCUGUCCGACCUGCAGCAGGAGGGACUUAUACGAGAGCUUAGCCUCACUAACUUUGACACACAAAGGCUGGAGGAGAUCACCAGCAGAGGCAUUCGCAUCUCAAGCAACCAGGUUCAGUACUCUUUGAUAGACCAGCGACCUGCAGGCAGGAUGGAGCAGUUCUGUGUGGCAAACAACAUUCAGCUCCUCACUUAUGGCACGCUGGCGGGCGGUCUACUCUCAGAGAGAUAUCUGGGGAAGACAGAGCCCAACUCCAGGGCGGAGCUCUACACUGCCUCCCUCUCUAAGUACAAGAAGAUGAUCGACUCUUGGGGGGGCUGGAGCCUUUUCCAGGACCUCCUCGUUGCCUUGGACACCGUUGCCAGGACACACGACUGCUCAGUGGCCAGCGUAGCAACACGCUACGUGCUGGACCGCCCUGCGGUGGGCGGGGUCAUUGUGGGCUGCCGGCUGGGCGUCGCUGGGGCGGGGCAACACAUCAGUGACAGUGUGCGUAGCUGCAGCCCUGACCUGAAGCUGACGGAGGAAGAUUGCGCCGCCAUCAAGGCAGUGACACGGCGCUCCAGGGACCUCAUGGCGCUCAUCGGGGACUGCGGGGAUGAGUACAGGAGCUAAAUGGGGGGAAGGGGGGAGUAUCUGACUGGAGUGACAGAUGGGGUGAGGAGGGGGAGUAAGGGAUAGGAGAAACAUCUCACAUAUAAUAACCCAUAGUAGAAAUGGCUAAAUGCAUCUCCAUUAUACAUAACCACAGUAUUUUCACUCAACAGGGUUUUCCGUUGCUUUUAUAAAACUUCUGAAGAUUAUGUCCCCCAAGUGAAUGAUGAUGAAUCAUGAAUGGUAAUGAAUAUUGGAUGCUGAUACCAGAUUGAACACUUUUCUCCUUCAGCUCAUGCUUACGCUACUGUAAUGUGGGAGAGAAGGUCUUUUUCAGGCUUGAAUAGAGUUACAACUGGGAGGUACGAACACAAAGUGAUAAGUAAUUACAUGAAUGUAGCUAGAAAGUAUUUUAGCUCUAGAUUUGAGAAAAAGUUCAGUGCCUAAACUAUGAUUUUAAACUUUUAUGCUGUGAUUCUAAAUAGAUGUUGUAUAAUGAGAUGUUUUAUUCCAUUAAUCAAAUUCUGAGCUUUUGAGUUGAUUCUAAUGUUGUUGGUAAUACCAAUCAGCUUGAAUAAGUGCUGCUGGGUUUAAUAAAAUGUUUCUCAUUAUGUU